AUGGCUUCCAAGUCCUUCUACGCUAUCAUAUCCGGAGUCGGCCCCGGAACAGGCCGCGCGACAGCCCUCCGCUUUGCUCAAGCAUACCCCGUUGUCUUGCUUGCUCGCAAGCCAGAGAGCUACAGCUCCAUCGUCGCCGAGAUCAAGGAAGCUGGGGGGCAAGCUUUCGGCCUCACCGCUGACGCUACGGAUGAGGCUGCCGUCAAUGCCGCCUUCGAAUCCAUCAAGAAGGUCCUUCCCGGAAGCAAGCUCGCCGCUGCAGUAUACAACGUCGCCGGCGGCUUCGCUAGGAAGCCAUUCCUUGAGCUCAAGAGGGAAGAACUAGAUGCUAGUCUCGAUGCAGCACCAAAGGGAUUCUUCACAUUUGCGCAAAAGACACUACCCCUUCUACUCGAGUCGGUGUCGGAGUCGCCUCACCCGCCGUCUCUGAUCAUCACAGGAGCCACGGCGUCCGUCAAGGGUUCUGCCUUGUUCGGUUCAUUCGCUGCGGGCAAAUUUGCUCUCCGUGCUCUGGGCCAGAGUCUAGCCCGCGAGUUCGGCCCCAAGGGUGUUCAUGUAUCGCACGCAAUCAUUGACGGAGUGAUUGAGAUGCCUAGGACCAAGGGAUUUACCGUUAACGAUGGUGCCGAAGACGGCAAAAUCUCCCCAGACGCCAUUGCGGAGACCUACUGGCACCUGCAUACGCAACACCGAUCCGCUUUCACUCAGGAAAUUGACAUCAGGCCCUAUGUAGAGAAAUACUGA